CGUGUGCGGUGAAGGAGGUGAGGAUUGGGAUCGAAUCGUUGCUCUUUGUUGCUGCUGCUGCUGCUGCUGCUGCAUCAGGGGACGAGGAAAAGACUUGAGUAGCGUGCAGGGUCAAGCUCGCGAGACCGCAUGCCUUCGCGGCGUGAAUCAGCGCUUCGGCGGGGAAGAAAGCGCGAGAGAACUCGAUGGAAUGCAGAGCGAGUUUCAAAUCAACGAUGCGCGUCAGGAUCGUCAAAGCGCCCCAUGCUUGCUCUGCUUCGUGCACGACCAGACCCAGACGGCAGUUGGGAUGCAGGAGUGACGCGUCGCGCAGGACGUCUAGGACUUUGGGCAGGCUGUUGCUGGGGUGCAGUCGGGCCAUGGUCGGGAUGCAGAUUGUUAGGGAGGCCAGGCUGGUCAUUGGUUUGAGGAGGCUGUGGACGCGGUCUGAGAAGUCCUCCUCCGCGAGGUCGUCGCCGGGGGUGGAUGUGAGUCGGAGGUGGUGCACUUCUGCGAGUGCUGUUGUGGAGGAUUGCGCCAGUACAUCGGGUAUUUUGUUCGAGUUGACUUGCAGGGAAUUGGAGGCAUUUGCGGUCUAUUCACGAGCAGGUCAGAAUUCUGGCAAUAAAAACACUUUAGAGGCAUUGACUACCGCUGAGAUCCUCGCUGCGCUGCAAGAAUUUGACAUGGCGAUGAGAAUGUGAGAUCUUGUUGAAGAUAUGGUUCUCGAGGAGAUCUGUUUGUGCUAUGAUAUGCGGACGGAAAUACAGAAAUCGGGAAACACUGAGUGUAGAAGUAGGACAAGCAGAUUUUCACCGAAGGGGUGUAUCGAAGUGUAUCCCGUCUAUUUUGCACCAGUGAUUGAAUCUGAAUCGUUGAGCUAUGAAACAGCAGAAGAAAAGAAAG